AUGAAGUUUUCCAUUCCCGUCAUCCUGUUCACGGCUGGUGCUGUUGCUGCGCCCUCCUCCGUCACGCUGAACGAGCGACAGCUCAGCGCGCUAACGCAGGUCCUCACCCCGGUUCUCCAAGGUCUUCAGUCCUUCGACGUCACCCUCAACGCCUACACCGGAGGACCUGGUCAGGAGCUACUCAGUGUCGCCAACAGUGUCAUCGCGGGAGUCCGCGCUGCCGCCAACGCCGUUGCCCCCAUCCAGCCGGUGUCUGAGGCUGAGGCUGGUGGUUUCGUCGGACUGGGCCAGCAGCUUGACAUCGCCGGUUACAAGUUCAUUGCCGAUCUCAACGCCCAGGUUCCGGUGUUUGCCCAGAGUGGCAUCUGCCCCGAGACUCUCAAUUGGGUCACCCAAGUUGGAGAUGGAGUUCUUGAUCUGAAGACGGCCGUGUUCAGCAAGUUUCCCAACAAUGGUGGGGAUGCAAAUGAUGUUGAGGAGUUCAGGAAGCUCUUCUCUGCUGUUGAACAGCGACUGAAGAAAUGCUCUGCUCCACCUUCGGCGGACUGUAGUGCGUAUUGCGGCAAGGACCAUCAUGAUUGGAACAAGGGCGAGGAUAAGAAGGGCGAGAAGGGUGAAAAGGGAAAGAAGGGUGACAAGGACGACUGCAAGAAGAAAUACUAG